AUGAGUGAAAAUGAAUCUAGAAUACCAGCAAAUCUCAAACAAUUAACACCAGAAACAAUGUAUAAGGAAGAAAAGCCAACAGAAUAUUAUAUAUUCAGCUGUUAUUGUCUUGUAGAUAAUAUAAAGUUGAUUCAGAAGCUCUCCAUAAAUCGAACAGCAGGUUUGAUAACAUUCAGUCAUGUUGCUGAUGUAGACAUUCCACUGACUCAGACAGACACGUGUGCAUUUGUUGACUCUGUUGGUGAACUUGUUUACACAAAGGGUGGAACAAGUAUCCUAGUUGCAUUAAAUUUGGCAGUUGAUGAAAUAAAGGAAAAUGCCAUUCAUAAUACAACACUUGUAUUUCUAAUAACAGAUGGCAUCAGCACAACUGAUCCAACUCCAGCUGCUGACACAUUGAAAGCAAAUGGAGAUAUUGUGUUUACAAUUGGUAUUGCUGAUUAUCAGCGAGAUCAGCUUGAACCACUGGCUACAGUUUCUUCAGAUGGAACUCCCAAUUUCUUUGGAGUUUCAAGCUUUGAAGUGUUCCUGACGAUUGCACAGUACCUUAACACAACUUACAUUGACCAAAGCCAGAUAAACUGCAACUAAUCCAUCAUUUAACACUGCUAUUUUCCUUGAACUUACACGUUAGAAGCUGAACUGGUUCCUCUACGCUGGAUACUUUCAUG